AUGAACGAAUCAGAAUUCACUGACAGAGCUAACAAGAUCCUCAAAACUUCCGUCGAGCUGGCCCAGCAGCACCAGCAGGGCACUCUCCAGCCAAUCCAUCUUCUGGCUGCCAUGUUCGAUGCAGAGGACGAUGCCUCUGAUCCUUACAUCAAGGCCGUCGUAGAGCGAGGCAAGUACGAUUGGGACCAGUUCAAGCGAGCCGUCAACAAGGCACUUGUUCGACUGCCCAGCCAAAGCCCUCCUCCCGACGAGUUGUCCCAGAGCCCCGCCUUCUCCAAGGUGCUGCAGAAUGCCAUCAAGUACAAGCAGCGACAAAAGGACGAGUACGUGGGCCAGGACCACAUUCUCAUGGCCCUUCUCGAUGACUCCUCUAUUGAGAGCAUUCUCAAGGAGUGCGGUAUUAAGAAGGACGUCAUGGAGGCCAACAUCACAGCCGUGCGAGGAAAGCGACGAAUUGACUCGCGAACCGCUGACGGAGCCGACGAGUUCGAGUUCCUCAACAAGUAUGCCAUUGACAUGACCAAACAGGCUCGAGAGGGUAAGAUUGACCCUGUCAUUGGCCGAGAGGAGGAGAUCCGACGAUGUAUCCGAGUGCUGGCACGACGAACCAAGUCCAACCCUUGUCUGAUUGGUGAUCCCGGUGUGGGUAAGACCUCAAUUGUCGAGGGUGUCGCGCAGCGAAUCAUCGACGGCGAUGUCCCCAACGUUCUGGCUAACUGCCAGCUCUUCUCUCUCGAUCUGGGAGCUCUCAAGGCUGGUGCCAAGUACCAGGGAGACUUUGAGGAGCGAAUCAAGGGUGUUCUCAAGGAGAUUGAGGACUCCAAGGACAUGAUCAUCCUGUUCAUCGAUGAGAUCCAUAUGCUCAUGGGUGAUGGAAAGGGUGAUGCUGCCAACCUGCUCAAGCCCAUGCUUGCUCGAGGUUCCCUCCACUGUAUCGGUGCCACCACCAACGAAGAGUACCGAAAGCACGUUGAGAAGGAUGCCGCCUUUGAGCGACGAUUCCAGAAGAUCGACGUGCGAGAGCCUACUAUUCGAGAGACCGUCGCCAUUCUGCGAGGUAUCCAGAACAAGUACGAGCUGCAUCACGGAGUCCGAAUUCUGGACUCUGCCCUGGUUUCUGCUGCUCAGCUGGCUUCCCGAUACCUCACCUACCGAAAGCUGCCCGAUUCGGCCGUCGAUCUGGUCGAUGAGGCUGCAGCCGCUGUUGCUGUUGCUCGAGACUCUCGACCCGAGCAUCUGGACUCCCUGGAGCGAGAGCUUGAUCUGCUCAUGAUCGAGGUCAAGGCUCUGGAGCGAGACCAGCACGCCGACCAGGGUACCAAGGAGCGUCUUGAUGCCGCGAAGCACCGAGUGGCUGACAUUGAGGAGGAGCUCGGACCUCUGCGAGAGACCUUUGAGCGAGAGCGAGCAGGUCACGUUGAGCUUAACAACCUCAAGCACAAGGUUGAUGAGCUCGAGACCAAGGCUCUCGACGCCGAGCGACGACGAGACACUUCCACUGCUGCUGAUCUGCGAUACUUUGCCAUUCCGGAUCUGAAGAAGCGAAUUGUUGAGCUUGAAGAGGAGAAUGCCGCUAAGGAGAAGUCCAUGAUCAAGGACGUUGUUGGCGCCGACCAGGUAGCUGAGACUGCGGCUCGACUGACUGGUAUCCCUGUCACCAAGCUGACCCAGGCCGAGAACACCAAGCUCAUCAACAUGGAGAAGGUGCUUUCUCGAGAAGUUGUUGGCCAACCCGAGGCUGUCAAGGCCGUUUCCAACGCGAUCAGACUGUCUCGAUCGGGUCUUGCCAACCCCAACGCCCCCGCUUCUUUCCUUUUCCUUGGUCUCUCCGGUUCCGGUAAGACUGAGCUUGCCAAGAAGCUGGCAGGUUUCCUGUUUGCUGACGAGCAGGCCAUGAUCCGAAUCGACUGUUCCGAGCUCAUGGACAAGCACUCCGGCUCCAAGCUGAUUGGUGCUGCUCCCGGAUACGUUGGAUACGAGGAGGGUGGUAUUCUUACCGAGGCCCUGAUCCGAAAGCCCUACUCCGUUGUGUUGUUCGAUGAGGUUGAGAAGGCUGCUCCCGAGGUGCUCACUGUUCUUCUGCAGGUUCUUGAUGAUGGUCGAGUGCGAUCUUCCGCCGGAAAGGUGGUCAACGCAUCCAACUGUAUCAUUAUCAUGACUUCCAACCUGGGUGCGGAGUUCAUCAACCGAUCGACCUCGACUACCAUUGACCAGUCCACUCGAGACCUGGUCAUGGAGGCUGUCAAGGGCCACUUCCGACCCGAGUUUCUCAACCGAAUCACCGCUAUGGUUGUCUUCAACCGGCUGUCUAAGAAGUCCAUUCGACGAAUCAUCAACAUUCGUCUCCAUGAGAUUUCGAAGCGAUUCGAGCACAACAACCGAAACCUCAAACUUCAUCUCGAUGAGGACGCCAUGGACUACCUGGUGGAGAACGGUUACAGCCCCGACCUCGGUGCUCGACCUCUCAACCGACUCAUCCAGAACGAGGUUCUCAACAAGCUUGCUGUCAUGCUUCUGAAGCACCAGAUUAAGGACGGCGAGGAGGUCCGAAUCAUCCGAGGAGACAAGGGUCUGGAGAUUCUGCCCAACCAUGACGGCGAGACGGACAUGGAGCUGGCUGAAGAUUCCUACGAUGACUUUGACGACGAGAUGGAUCUCGACUAA